GCUUAUAGCAUCAGCAACCUUCCUGUAGAAGUGGUACAGCUUAUUCUGAACUUCUUACCCAUCAAAGACGCAGCCAGAACAAGUGUGUUGUCAAGGGACUGGAGGCACCAUUGGAGGAGUAUUCCUCGGCUUGUAUUUGAUGGUGAUUUUGCUUCUCUCCGUUCACGUGAAUCCUGGUCUCGGUCCGAUUUGAGGCAGCUUAUGACGAGCAUCUACCAAGCUCUUCAGAUGGCAGCUGUGCUCCCUGAGUUCUUUGAGAGCUUCCUUCCAAAAUGCCCUCUGCUGGAAGAAUUAAAGAUUUUGAAUUGUCUGAACACUGAGGAGAUCGAACUUGUUGCUCCAUGUCUCAAAACAUUUCUCAUCUUUGGAUAUAUUGGAAGUCUUCACUUCAAGCGUACACCACUUCUUUCAGUGGUUUCAAUUCUUGUUGAUGAUGAAGCUGAUGAGAAUGACAUGGAAGUGGUAUUUGCUAAUCUCCCAGCACUGCAGCAGUUGUAUCUUAGCUUUGAAUUUCUGGAAGAACUUUGUAUUGGAGGGCCUGUUCCCAGAAGACUUCCCACUCUUCUUCAUUGUUUGGAAGAUCUCGCACUGCGUUCGUGUGCAUUUAUCGACUACUACAAUGGAUCGUUUGGGGAUAGUGUUCUCUUUUGUCUCAUCAGGAGUUCUCCCAAUUUGAAAACACUCACAAUGCAGGUUGGUUGA